GAGCCCCCGCCCCUGCGCGCGAGCCCGGGGCGGCGUCGGCGGGAGCGGCGGAGUCGGCGGGGAGCGGCGCAGCCAUGCCCACCAGCUUCACGGUGGUGCCCGUGGAGGGCUGUGCCGACGGCGGGGACGCAGCGGCCGAGCGCGCCGACUCGCCCGGGGACCCCGACGGCUCCGGACCCGACGGCUGCAGCCCGGGUGAUGGCGGUGCACGGGAAAGCAGCCCAUUCAUGGGGGCCGCGGCAUUGGAUGGGGACAGCCUCCUGGAAGGCAAGAACAUGGCCCUUUUCGAGGAGGAGAUGGACAGCAACCCCAUGGUGUCCUCGCUGCUCAACAAGCUGGCCAACUACACCAAUCUCAGUCAGGGCGUGGUGGACCACGAGGAGGCUGAGGAAAGCAGGCCACGCGAGUCCAAGGCCCCCUGCAUGGGCACCUUCAUUGGCGUCUACCUGCCCUGCCUGCAGAACAUACUGGGCGUCAUCCUCUUCCUGCGUCUCACCUGGAUUGUGGGCGCUGCCGGUGUGCUUGAGUCCUUCCUCAUCGUGGCCAUGUGCUGUACCUGUACGAUGCUGACAGCCGUCUCCAUGAGCGCCAUCGCCACCAAUGGCGUUGUACCAGCUGGGGGCUCCUACUACAUGAUCUCCCGCUCACUGGGGCCCGAAUGUGGUGGCGCUGUCGGCCUCUGCUUCUACCUGGGCACAACCUUCGCCGGGGCCAUGUACAUCCUAGGCACCAUUGAGAUCUUCCUGACAUACAUCUCACCAGGCGCAGCCGUGUUCCAAGCAUCCACGCCCGAGGGCGAGGCAGCCGCCUUGCUGCACAACAUGCGGCUCUACGGAUCCUGCACAUUGGCCCUCAUGGCCGUGGUGGUCUUUGUGGGUGUCAAGUAUGUCAACAAGCUGGCCCUGGUCUUCCUGGCCUGCGUUGUGCUAUCCAUCCUGGCCAUCUAUGCUGGUGUCAUCAAGACAGCCUUUGAUCCCCCUGACAUCCCGGUGUGCCUCCUGGGGAACCGCACACUGGCCCGACGCGGCUUCGAUGUCUGCGCCAAGACGCACAUGGUUGGCAAUGGCUCUGCACCCACAGCCCUCUGGGGCCUCUUCUGUAAUGGUUCCAGCCAGUCCCUUGCCUGCAACGAGUACUUCGCUCUCAACAACCUCAGCGAGAUCCAAGGCAUCCCCGGUGUGGCCAGCGGUGUGCUCCUGGACAACCUAUGGAGCUCCUACUCAGACCGGGGGGCCUUUGUGGAGAAGAAGGGAGUGGCCUCAGUGCCAGCACCUGAGGCCCGCCGGGCUGGGGCGCUGCCCUACGUGCUGUCGGACAUUACUACCUACUUCACCAUGCUGGUGGGCAUCUACUUCCCCUCCGUGACUGGCAUCAUGGCCGGCUCUAACCGGUCCGGAGACCUCAAGGAUGCGCAGAAGUCCAUCCCCACAGGCACCAUCUUGGCCAUCGUGACCACAUCCUUCAUCUACCUGUCCUGCAUUGUGUUGUUUGGGGCCUGCAUUGAGGGCGUGGUCCUGCGAGACAAGUUUGGGGAGGCUCUGCAGGGGAACCUGGUCAUUGGUAUGCUGGCCUGGCCGUCCCCCUGGGUUAUUGUCAUCGGCUCCUUCUUCUCCACCUGUGGUGCUGGACUACAGAGCCUGACCGGGGCACCCCGCCUGCUGCAGGCCAUUGCCCGAGACGGCAUCAUUCCCUUCCUGCAGGUCUUUGGCCACGGGAAGGCCAACGGGGAGCCCACCUGGGCGCUGUUGCUCACGGCUCUCAUCUGUGAGACUGGCAUUCUCAUUGCAUCCCUGGACAGCGUGGCCCCCAUCCUCUCCAUGUUCUUCCUCAUGUGUUAUAUGUUCGUGAAUCUGGCCUGCGCCCUUCAGACCCUCCUGCGAACACCCAACUGGAGGCCACGCUUCAAGUAUUACCACUGGACCCUGUCAUUCCUGGGUAUGAGCCUGUGCCUGGCCCUCAUGUUCAUCUGCUCCUGGUACUAUGCUUUGUCAGCCAUGCUCAUCGCCGGCUGCAUCUAUAAGUACAUUGAGUAUCGUGGGGCUGAGAAGGAGUGGGGUGAUGGCAUCCGGGGCCUCUCGCUGAAUGCCGCCCGCUACGCCCUUCUGCGUGUGGAGCAUGGCCCUCCCCACACCAAGAACUGGAGGCCCCAGGUGCUGGUGAUGCUGACCCUGGAUGAUGAGCAGGGUGUGACACACCCACGCCUGCUGUCCUUCACCUCCCAACUGAAGGCCGGCAAGGGCCUGACCAUCGUGGGCUCCGUGCUGGAGGGGACCUAUCUGGAUAAGCACGUGGAGGCCCAGCGGGCCGAGGAGAAUAUCCGGGCGCUGAUGGGGGCCGAGAAGAUGAAGGGCUUCUGCCAGCUCGUGGUGUCCUGCAGCCUGCGGGAUGGCGCCUCGCACCUCAUCCAGGCAGCCGGCCUGGGUGGCAUGAAGCACAACACAGUGCUCAUGGCCUGGCCCGAGACCUGGAAGCAGCCAGACAGCCCCUACUCCUGGAAGUACUUUGUGGAGACGGUCCGGGACACCACGGCGGCCCAACAGGCCCUGCUGGUGGCCAAGAACAUUGACCUGUUUCCACACAACCAGGAGCGGCUGGGCGAGGGCAGCAUUGACGUGUGGUGGGUGGUGCACGACGGGGGCAUGCUCAUGCUGCUACCCUUUCUGCUGCGCCAGCACAAAGUGUGGCGCAAGUGCCGGAUGCGCAUCUUCACAGUCGCACAGGUGGAUGACAACAGUGUCCAGAUGAAGAAGGACCUUCAGACAUUCCUGUACCACCUGCGCAUAAGCGCUGAGGUGGAGGUGGUGGAGAUGGUGGAGAACGACAUCUCGGCCUUCACCUAUGAGAAGACGCUGCUGAUGGAGCAGAGGUCACAGAUGCUGAAGCAAAUGCAGCUGACAAAGGGCGAGCGGCAGAGGGAGGCCCAGCUGAUCCAUGACAGGAACACAGCAUCCCAUACUGCGGCUGCCUCCAGGGCACAGGCCCCACCCACACCUGACAAGGUGCAGAUGACCUGGACCAAGGAGAAGCUGAGUGCGGAGAAGCACAGGCACAGGGAUGCCGGUGGGGCGGGCUUCAGGGAGCUCUUCAGCCUGAAGCCGGACCAUUCCAAUGUCCGGCGGAUGCACACAGCCGUGAAACUCAAUGGUGUGGUCCUCAGCCGAUCCCAGGAUGCCCAGCUGGUCCUGCUGAACAUGCCCGGCCCCCCCAAGAACCGGCAAGGGGAUGAGAACUACAUGGAGUUUCUCGAGGUCCUGACUGAGGGGCUGAACAGAGUCCUCUUGGUGAGGGGUGGUGGCCGGGAGGUGAUCACCAUCUACUCCUGACACAGGACAGUGAACAAGAAGUGACCACCUGCUCCUAACACAGGACAGUGGCCAAGAGGUGGUCACCAUCUACUCCUGACAGAAUAGCAGCUGGGAGGUGGUCACCGUUCUGCUCCUGACAUGGGUCAGUGGACAGGAGGUAACCACCAUCUAUGCCUGACACAGAACAGAAGCCAGAGGUUGGUCACUAUUUACUCCUAAUAUGGGACAGUGGCCAAGAAGUGGUCACCAUCUAUUAGCACAGGACAGUGGACAGGAGGUGACCACCAUCUACUCCUAACAUAGGACAGCAGCCAGGGGUGACCAGCCGUCUACUCCUGACACAGGACAGCAGCCGGGGGUGGUCACUGUC